AUGUCCUCUGAUAAUAAAACAGCUUUAUUACUCCUUCAUGGAACCUUAGAUGCCUUGCCUACGUGGCUUGUGGCUGAUUCUGGAAAAGAUUUAGGUAUACAUAUGGGAGAAAAGUAGCUAAAAUGAUCUGGCCGUAAACUUUUGAAAAUCAUUAUACAUUACAUCUAUUCAUUGCUCGUAAUAGAUACUCGCGGAAAAAUAUGAACCUGACCACUUCAGACACAGACUUUUGGAUAUUCAAGAAUGAAGUAACUACACAUUGAGAUUUAUUCUUAGAAAUCAAGUCAUUGUAUUUUAAUAGUAAUUGGUCCGUUUGUACAGUUGGCAUGAAAUGGGUAUUUACGACAUUCCAGCAACGAUCGAUCACAUUAUCGAGGAAACAAAGCAACGGAAGAUCUUUAUGGUAUCGUAUAGCCACGGUGACAGGACAUGACUUAUGGCUAGAAAAUGUUCGCGGCAACAGAUACUCGCGUAGAAACUUGUACAUGACCACCAUAGAUCCAGAUAUGAUCCAGAUUUGGAUAUUCUGGUGA